AAUAUGAUAUCAAUUAAUAUAUUGAAAACAUUUCGAUAUAACGGCUCUAAACAUAUGAGCCGUAAAUUUGUGACAAAUAUAACAACAAAAAGAUUUGAUUCAAAUAAAACUCAUUUCGGGUAUCAAAACGUGACUCACGAAGAAAAAUCACAAAAAGUUCACGAUGUGUUCAGAAGUGUGGCUCAAAAAUAUGAUCUCAUGAAUGAUAUCAUGAGUUUAGGUAUACAUCGCUAUUGGAAAAGACAAUUAAUCCGAUAUCUGAAGCCAUUAAGGGAUACCACUCUUUUGGACACUUGUGGAGGAACUGGAGAUAUUGCCCACGAGUUCGUCACUUAUAUGAGAAACACUUAUCCGACAGAAAACACAUCCAAAGUAAUUGUUUGCGACAUCAAUGAGGAGAUGUUAAAUGUGGGUCAAAGCAAAGCCAAACAGUGGUUACCUGAAGACAGUGAUCGCAUUCAAUGGGUUUUAGGCGAUGCAAUGGCACUGCCUUUUGAUGACAACUCAUUUGACGCCUACACCGUUGGCUUUGGUAUCCGUAAUGUCGUUGAUAUCGAUAAAACAUUGUCUGAAGCCCAUCGUGUCCUCAAACCAGGCGCUGUCUUCACAUGUCUUGAGUUCUCUAAAUUACAAAACCCAUUGAUAUCUAAGAUUUAUGAUUUGUAUUCAUUCGAAGUGAUUCCAGUUUUAGGAGAAAUCUUAGCCAAAGACUGGAAAUCGUAUCAGUAUUUAGUGGAAAGUAUUCGACAAUUUCCGCCACAAAAUCAAUUUAAAUCAAUGAUUGAAAGCGUUGGCUUCACUUUCGUCGAGUACAUCAACUUCUUGGACGGAAUCGCUACCAUUCAUAUCGGCUAUAAGUCUGAUCAUUGAUAAUCAAAUAUAUGAUACAAACCUUAAUAAACAGUAAUU